ACUUGGAUCCGAGCCAGAGGGGCAUCAUCGUAGGGCGGAGAUCUCACUAUCAUCAUUAAUCACUCAUCGGCAGCCAAAUCCUUGUUCACGACACGGGGAAAGAAACCCUAGCCGGAGAAAUCGAUGGCGAUCGCGAGAACCGGGGUCUUCGUCGACGAUUAUUUGGAGUAUUCCAGCACGCUGGCGGUGGAGCUUCAGAGGCUACUCUCCACCAUGAGAGAACUCGACGAAAGAGCUCAUGGUAUUAUAAACCAGACCAGAGAGCAAACCAGAUAUUGUGUAGGAAUGCCUUCUCACAACCCAAAGAAGGUAAGCCAUGAUGAUGAAGAAGCAGAAUUUGAGAAGAUGAAAAAGGAGAUAGAGGCUAGCCAGGAAAAUGCCUUGAGCCUAUGUACAGAGAAGGUUUUGCUAGCGCAGCAAGCCUAUGACCUGAUAGAGAGCCAUUUGAAACGCCUUGAUGAGGACUUGAACCAGUUCAUGGAAGACUUAAAGCAAGAAGGAAAAAUUCCACCUCAUGAGCCUGCCAUUCUUCCUCCAGUUCCUAUAGUUUACAAAGAUGAAAAACGCAAGGGAGGUUAUACGACACCUCAACCAAGGAAGUUUAGAGAAAGGGAUUGGGGCAGAGAGCAGGAUAUGGAUAUUGAAUUUAUGCCUCCUCCAAGCAGUCAUAAGAAAAAUAUUCCAGCAUCUGUUGAUGUUGAUCAGCCUAUUGAUCCAAAUGAGCCAACAUAUUGUGUCUGCCAUCAGGUGUCAUUUGGAGAUAUGAUUGCAUGUGACAAUGAAAAUUGUGAGGGAGGUGAAUGGUUCCAUUAUUCAUGCGUUGGACUGACGCCAGAAACAAGGUUCAAAGGGAAAUGGUUCUGCCCCACCUGCAGGAAUCAACAAUGACUUUUUAACCGAUGGUAGAUUAUAUGUAGCUUAUGUAGGAGGAGCUUUCCCCCCUUCCAAAGAACUAUUGUUGCUCGGCGACAUUAGAUGACUUCUUUUCCUGUAACAUUUGUAAGCAGUGGGAGAACUCAUUGUUCUGAUAUCUGUAUAUUGCUUUUAGGCGGUGGCAUCUUUUAGUUGAUGAUAUUCUCGUUACUUUCUUCUUGUAAAGAUUGUAACAAACCGAACUAAAUAUCUGAUUUGCUAAUCCUAAAACC